UCCGUGUGUAAAAAAGAAUUGAAGUUGAAAUUUCACACUCUCAUCACUUUAACUAACAAUGCUCCGAGCAACUGCAUUUCCGGCACCGAACAAUUCCACGGUGAUUCUCUCUCGAAAUCACACGUGUCCUUAUCUUGAACCCACACGUGUCAUUUUCCCUCGCUCUUCUUUCAUUUCACGGUUACAAUUCCGGCGAACCAGCGUUAAGAGUCUCCUCACCGUACACGGCGGUGGAUUCAUCCCGGCGGCCGCGAAGAAAGAAGUACGUGGAAGCACAAGCAUAGUUGAUGAAAUUGAGGAAGAAUUCGACGAAGAAGGUGAAUAUGAAGAGGAAGAAGGCGAAGAAGAUGAAGAGGUUGAUGUGGAAGAAGAAGAAAUAGUUGGGUAUGAUGAAAUGAAAGAAUGGUGGGAGAAGAAGCCGAAGGGGUUUGGAGAAGGGAAAGUGUAUGAUACUUCAGUUGAAGAUAAGCUGUUUGAAGAAAUGCAGAAGAGUAAACAAGCUCAAGCUCUUAAUUUGAAAAAGCUUAAAACCAAUCCUAUCAAAAAUAAUGUCACAAAGAAGAUAGAUGAAAUAGUUGUUCCUGUCCGAAGCAGAGUGCGCUUGGUGAAUUUACCAAAGAAAAGGAAAAUUGACAGGGAUUUGAAAUCAGCUUUUCAAGGGAUUCCUGGCAUAACAAAUAUAGUCCCUGCUGUUAUCGGAAACAAGAAGACAAGGGAUCCUGUCUGCAAGGGUUUUGCUUUUGUGGAUUUCAAGCAUGAAGAUGAUGCAAUUAGGUUUGUAGAGUUAUACACAGGACAAACUAUUACUUUUGGCAAAAUUCAGAAGCCGAUAAAAUGUGAACUUGUAAAUGCACAGUCCUCCUCUCCUCCGGGAUUAAACCAAAAUAUCAACACUGCUCUACCUCUCCUGCCCUCCUUUGAAGAAGAUUCAAAUGAGGAUUCCAAUAUCGAUGAUUCUGCCUUCAAUACAUGGGAUGAGACUGAAGUAGAUGAUUCGGAUGAGCUACAGGAAAGUGACGGGGAGAGUCAAGAGUUUGCCACUGUGCUGACGGUGGAUAGUGAUGACAGCGUACAAAUGACGAAUGGUUCUGAAAUCGAAUCACUUCUCUCUAAGCAGGUUGACAGAAAACCCUCAGCUGAUAAGAAGUCAGCUGUCAACGUUAAACAAGAGAAUGCUCCUAAGAAAAAAUCUAAUCAAAAAGAGAACACGAAAAAGGUUUUAGAUGUUCCUGGAUCUGCAAAAAGGUUAAAGAUUAAGGAAAAGGCUGUAUUAAGUGAUGUUUUCUCCAAGUACGGAUCAAAAGCUGCCCUUGCUUCAAAGGAGAGUUAGUAAGUUUGUUAAUGAGCAAAGUAUAAACCAUCACUCAGCAUGUAAUAGGGCCUUUUAGUUUGGUCAUGAAUGCCAAUUUUUGAUUCAAUGUAGAAUGAAGUAGCUGCGUAGUGGAUAUUGUUGUUCUAUAGAAAAAUGGAUGCUCCAAUAUGAUUAAUUGUUAUGAAUAUCAAAACAUUCUUUCUCAACA